AUGGCACUUGCUUCGUCGGACUUCACUACACGCGGCAUAAGGGAAGAUGAUUUGGUUUUGCAUCGUUGGUCUAGAAAUACCACUUUGCAACCUGAUUAUAAUCCUCCUCUGGAAUUAUGCAGCCCUGGUCUGUGUCGUUCGACUUUGUGCCCCAAGGGGAGUUUGCUUUCAAUGCAAGUUUCUUCUUGUCUAGUCCAUGCACUAAGAACGCGGACCGAAUAUGCACAGCUUGCUCUCUUUGCCAAAACAGUUCUUGUUGGGAUCUGGUGUUAUCUUCCGCGAAUGUUUGUGACGAAAACAGAAGAAGGGACCAAAAAAAAAAAGUUCAAGUCUUGCAUAGGCAAACCAGACCAGUUGGAUGGUGACACCACUGCUGAUUCAUUCUCUCCUGUUUCAAUCACUCCUUGUCCUGGAACAGCUCAAAUUUUCCGGCUUUCCGAGUUAAAAGAUGCCACUAACGGGUUCAAGGAGUUCAAUGAGCUUGGUAGGGGAAGUUAUGGUUUUGUUUACAAAGCAGUGCUAGCGGAUGGGAGGCAAGUUCCGAUCAAGAGGCCGAAUGCUGCCACGAUAAUCCACACCAACAGUCGUGAGUUCGAGAUGGAACUUGAAAUCCUUUGCAGUGUGAGACACUGCAAUAUUGUGAAUUUGUUAGGUUAUUGCUCCGAGAAGAGGGAAAGGCUGCUUGUUUAUGAAUAUAUGCCCCAUGGUACACUUCAUGAUCACCUUCAUGGAGGGCUUUCUUCUUUGAGUUGGAGCCUUCGUUUGAAGAUCUUGUUGAAGGCUGCGAGGGGACUCAAAUACCUUCACAAGGAAGUUGUGCCUCCGAUAGUCCACCGCGAUGUCAAGGCUUCAAACAUUCUCUUGGACUCGGAUUGGGGAGCACGAAUCGCGGUUUUCGGACUUGUUACAUCAAGCGAGAGGGAUCUCGAUCUUAACGGAGACAUGAAAAGUGAUGUGUACAGCUUUGGGAUUGUUUUGUUGGAGAUUCUCACUGGAAGGAAAGCUUAUAAUAGAGAUUAUACACCUGCAAGCAUAGUUGAUUGGGCAGUUCCCUUAAUUAAACAGGGCAAGGCAGCUGUCAUUGUCGAUCGUUACGCUGCACUCCCUGAAACGUCGAGCCUUCGCUGA